GAAGUCCUUCCAUCGUCAAAAUCUAGUUCAUCUAUUAUGAACAUGCCUAAGGACACAAAGUGCCGUGUAGUGAAAGGAGCCAUUGGCUGCCAAUAGUGUCCCUCGUCUAACCCGGCGAGAUACGAGAGGGAGGAGCCCGGGGAUUCACCGGGGACGUUAACUUGCUUCCUACCUUCAUGUGCACGUUCACGGUGACACUGCGGAGACUGUAACAUACUCUUUAAGCCGCUUAAGUCCCUAGUCUGCGCAUCUCCGGCUCACCUAUGUGGAAAGUAUGGGCGGUUUCGUUUGAUUCCGAGAACGUCACGAAGUACCUCAAUGAAUCUUUUGAAAGAGCACUCAGUUUACUUGAUGCGGAGUCACGGCAAAGGAUCAAUCGCUUCUAUCACAAAGAGGACGCUUUUCGAGGUCUAAUUGCACGUCUCCUUCCCCGCGUUCUGCUCGAGGAGCUGAACAUACCCUACCCGUCAGCUACUUUCCAAAUAACAGACGCGGGAAAACCAUAUGUCACACUUGAGUCUCAUCAGCCUCUGGGUUUCAACCUUACCCACGACAAUGGCUUGAUUGCAAUGGUCUACUCUACGGGAGAGGAUCUUUUUCUUGACGCGCCUGCUUACCGUUUGGGUGUGGAUGUCAUGCGUCUUCGGCUACCACACCGACAAUCACUACCCGAGUUCAUUGAGAUCUUCUCAGAACAGCUCACCCCGUUGGAACAGCGAAUGCUGCAACCUUCACCACAGGUAGAAGAUUCUGAAGUGAUUCGGCGGUUCUACCUCAUAUGGACUCUGAAAGAAGCGUACACGAAAGCGCUGGGACUAGGACUCGGAUUUGACUUUCGAAGGGUUGAAUACGACGUCAUUCGCGACAUCGUUCGAAUCGACGGGCAAGUACCUCAUGGAUGGGAGUUUGUACGCUUCCAACUGGACGUUGCGGAAGGUUCUUCUGCCCAUCAAUACGUUGGCGUGGCUUGUCGAUUUGUGGGAGACAAAGUCCAUAAGGGUGGUGAAUGUAUUGUGGAGACGAGGACAGUUGGGGAAUGGCUGCAGGUGUUUGAUGCAGCUGAAUUUGUAUCUCGUGCCAUUCAGGAGUUGCCGUCGACAGUUUCAUAACACUUCAGGUAUAUUUCUGGCUUCACAACAUAGUGAAUCGAUUAUUCUCAAUCG